UUGUAUUCAAGUUGUUUGACCAUGAAAGGUAAACAAAUAGAAAAAAUCCGAUCAAAAACCACAUGAUGUGAUCCACUUCCUUAAUGAUUUUUGUGAUGCUUAUUUAAAAAUGGUAGUUUUAGAAGUUUUCACAAAAAAUCUAAAAAUUUCUUACAAAAGUACUCUUCUGUCAAAAGCAUCGGUGCUAGCGCUCAUUUUUGGAAUCUUAUCACUUGUGUUACCGUUUAUUUUUGCAUAUAAGAGCAAAGGUUUGUGGUUGAAAAGAGAUGCGUUUUAUGAACAACCGGAUGUAAAAUUUCGGGGAGAAUACAUUUUUUUUGCUACUACAAAUAAUAACAACAAGUCUGUUAUAACAUGCAGUAGUUUACCUCAUUUUGAUCAUGUAUUGCGGUCUUUAGAUAGUUGUUCAAUCAUCAAGGUUCGUGAAAAUGACAGAAAUUUUGAUGGUAAAAUAGAAGAAUUAGAUUUGUCUCUACAAGUUAAUCUUCCAGUGAAAACUAGACUUACCUCUUUGAGUAUAAUUAUUCCACUAAGCUAUAAAUUACAAAUUUGUCCCUUUCAAAUGCAAACUGCCAUUAUUUUUCAAGAAUUGUUACCAUUUUAUAUUUCUCACUAUUCAUUAGUAGCUAAUAUGGUCGUAACCCAAACUCGCCCCCUAAUUUGUCACAGAAAACAUACCAAUACUUUAUUCAAUUAUCCUGUGAUUAUGGACAAUGGUGAUUUAAACAAUUAUGACAUAAACACUAUUAUCAGAAACUUUUCAAAGAGAAAUAUAACCACAUCACUCAAAAACGUGUAUAAAAGUUUUUCUCCGGGAAAAACACAAAAUUUUUUAUUUAGUUUAAAUAUAGAAUUUCCAGAAGAUAGGAUAUAUUACAAGCCUGGCUUUUGGCAAAUACUGAAAUGGGCUUGGAUUCAGUACCUUUCACUAUACAUAAUAGUUUCAUGGAUAAUUAUGAAAAUAAAACACUACAUUUUUAGUAGGAGGCUGAUACUGUUUUUUGAGGAAAAUCCGGUGAAGAAAAAACAAUAAAAAUUCAACAAAUUUUAUUAUCAUUGUUUUAUUUACAACGUCAAGUCCAGUGGUUGUGACGAAGACGAAGCUGUAUUCCUGUUGUCUUCCAAAACAAUUGCAGUUUGUAACAAAUCAUCAACUUGAACAAAUAAAUAACGAUA